AUGGAGACCUGGUUGAACCAAUCAUCCAUAGAUGACUUUGUCCUCUUGGGCAUCUUUUCCCACAGUCCAAUUGAUCUUGUUCUUUUCUCUGCAGUCAUGGUGGUCUUCACAGUGGCCCUGUUUGGGAAUAUCCUUCUUCUCCUUCUCAUCUACAUAGAUCCUCGACUUCACACACCCAUGUACUUCUUUCUCAGUCAGCUUUCCAUCAUGGAUCUCAUGCUAGUCUGUACUAAUGUGCCAAAGAUGGCAGUCAACUUCUUAUCUGGCAGGAAGUCCAUCUCCUUUGGAGGUUGUAGCAUGCAAAUUGGCCUCUUUGUUGCUUUUGUGGGCUCCGAGGGGCUCUUGCUGGGACUCAUGGCUUACGAUCGCUAUGUGGCCAUUAGCCACCCACUCCACUAUCCCAUCCUCAUGAGUCAGAGGGUCUGUCUACAGAUUGUGGGAGGCUCCUGGGCCUUUGGGACAGUAGAUGGUUUGAUUCAGAUGGUGAUAGUAAUGACCUUCCCCUACUGUGACUCGAGGGAGGUAAACCACUUCUUCUGUGAGAUGUUAUCCGUAUUGAAGCUGGCCUGUGUAGACACAUCACUUUUUGAGAACAUAAUAUUUGCUUGCUGUGUAUUCAUGCUCUUCCUUCCCUUUUCCAUCAUCGUGGCCUCCUAUGCUCGUAUCCUGGGGUCAGUAAUCCGUAUGUGCUCUACUCAGGCUCGUAAAAAGGCUCUAGGCACCUGUUUUUCCCACCUGACAGCUGUCUCCCUCUUCUAUGGGGCAGCCAUGUUCAUUUACCUGAGACCUAAGCACUACCGAGUCCCUGCCCAUGACAAAGUGGUCUCUGUCUUCUACACCGUCCUUACUCCUAUGCUCAACCCCCUAAUUUAUAGCUUGAGGAACCGGGAGGUGAUGGGGGCACUGAGGAAGGGGUUGGGUCGUUGUAGGAUCACCAUGCAGCACUGA